AUGAGAGCAUCUGUGAGAUAUUUUUACACUGUCAUUAGUCCGUUGAAACAACAACAGUCUAUAACGGCCAACUAUCGAAAACUACGCGAGCAUUAUGAUGUGCCGAAGUACCCUAUAGUCUUGUGCCAUGGUUUUUCCGGGUUUGAUAAAUUGACAUUGCUAGCCAAGCCAGACUUGGCCAUUGGCGAAGCUGUCAGUUCUGCCAAGGAUGCAAUGAAAGAUGACAAGCAAAAAGCAGAAGAUGCAAAACGACUGUUGUUUGAAUUGGAGUACUGGGCGGGUAUAAAAGAAGCAUUGCAGAAAUUAGGAUCAACUGUGUUUAUCGCAAAGGUCCCAGCUUUCGGUGAUAUAGAAAGUAGGGCACGGAGCUUGGACAGGUUCAUCACAAAGCAAUGUAAGAUCUUAAGAGAAAGUGAGUCCAAAUCAACAAUUUAUACAGACGAUAGACAUAAGGAGCAUGAAACAUUCAAAGAGGAAGGCAAACCUAUUAAGAUAAAUCUCAUCAGUCAUUCCAUGGGGGGCUUAGAUUCUCGAUAUCUUAUAUCAAAAAUUCACAGAAACGACAACAUUUACAAAGUGGUAUCACUUACAACCAUUUCGACUCCUCAUCACGGUUCUGAAUGUGCUGAUUUCCUUAUGGACCUCGUUGAUAAGAACCCAUUGUUGAAACAAAUUUGUCCUAGAUCAGUAUUUGAACUUACAACAUCAUCCAUGGCAAAAUUCAACAAGAAUGUACCGGAUGAUCCUAACGUCCAAUACUUCUCCUUUGGUGCUAAAUUCAAUCCUCGCUGGUAUAACUUAUUCAACAUAACGUGGCAAAUUAUGAAUUACGAAAUUGGCAAAGAAAACCCAAAGGGUCACAGCUCCACUACCAAAGAGUCACAUUUUGCCAAUGAUGGCUUAGUAAGCGUUGAUAGUGCCAAAUGGGGGACUUAUAUCGGUACAUUGGACCAAGUGGAUCAUUUGGACCUCAUUAAUUGGACGAAUAGAGCACGAAGUUUCUAUGAUAAAAUUAUGUGGGCACAGGAUCCCCCUUUUGACCCUAUAGCAUUAUACUUGGACAUUGCAGACAAGCUAGCUAAAAGAGGACUUUAG